AUGUCACCAGGACUACUCCGAGAUCAACAUCAACACCGCCGUAUCUACAUUGGAGUCAUCUGGAUCUUCGCCCCGAGUCUCCGCCAGAUUAUCGAAUACUUGCCCGGUGCACCACACAAGGUCGUCCUCAUUGACAACACCAGUGCUAGUAGUCUGGCAGAGGCAUAUCCAGCUUUCCUGCAAAGGGGAAUUAGUAUCAUCACUCCGAACAAGAAAGCCUUCUCGGGAAGCUAUGAGCUGUGGCAGGACAUCUUCAGGUCGGCUGAGGCUGGUCGAUCAAUGGUGUUUCACGAGUCCUCUGUCGGGGCGGGCAUGCCCAUCACCUCGACGAUUAAGGAGCUCGUGCAGACUGGUGAUGAAGUUACACGUAUCGAAGGUGUCUUCAGCGGAACCAUGUCUUUCCUCUUCAACUCAUUCGCUCCAAUUUCUGGCUCUGGUGUGAAAUGGUCGGACAAUGUGAAGAAGGCGAAGGAACUAGGCUUCACUGAGCCUGAUCCCCGUGAUGAUCUGAAUGGUCUUGACGUCGCGCGGAAGUUGACAAUCCUUGGUCGAUUGGCUGGUCUACCCAUUGAAUCUCCAUCUUCAUUCCCAGUGCAGAGUUUGAUUCCGGACGAGCUUGAAUAUGUUGCCGACGGCGACGAAUUCCUCAGCAAGCUACAUGACUAUGACAGCCAGAUGGAGGCGCAGAAAAUCGCAGCUCAGAAGGAAGGGAAGGUCAUCCGUUUUGUCGGUAGCAUUGACAUGGCUACAAAGGAGUUUAAGGUGGGACUGGAGCGGUUUGAUCCGUUGCAUCCCAUUGCCAUGUUGAAGGGCAGUGACAACAUCAUCAGCUUCUACACCAAGAGAUAUGGUGAUUUCCCGCUCACAAUCCGCGGUGCUGGUGCUGGUGGUGAUGUCACCGCAAUGGGCGUGACAGGCGAUUUACUAAAGGUUCUCGCUCAGUUGAGGUAG